GUUUUGUUUUGUUUACCUUUUUCAGUUCAUAUAAGACUUUCUAUAUUUUUCUCAAUUCUUCAUCCCUUACAGGGCACAGUAUUUGAUUAUAUUUAUGUACCACGAUUUGUUUAUAACUAUUCUCCAAGUUGUCAGCAUCUAUUUUGAGAACAUUUAAGUUUUAUACCGAAUUGUUAUUAUUAUCAGUUGGCUUCCUAGUUGAAGUACAAAUUCUUUGAGAAGAGGCCAUAUAUCUUACUAAUCCUUUGUGCACUUCCUAUUAUUGAGAUAAUGUUUGGAUUUCUGAUUUCAUUGAUGUAGGGAAUUUCUAUUGAGGAAAUAUUUUUCAUAAAUGCCAGCCUUUCAAAUAUUGCCCACAGAAUUGAGAAGUUGAAUGACUUGCUAUGAGUUACAUAUCUCCUUGUUUUAGAAUUGAGGAAACUGAGACCUAGAGAGAAUAAAUGACUUGGCUAAAUGGCAGACACAGUUUGGAACCUGAGUCUUCUGAUUCUAAAUCUCUUUUCUUUGUUCCAUGCGUUUUGCAAAACAGUCCUUAGAGAUACUUAGAUAGGAUAAAGAUCACUAUCUCCAUUUUACUGGUGAAGAAACAUAGUUAUCUAUUAAGUGGUUUUCCCUUUGACAAAAUUAGUAUAUAAAUAUAGAUUAAUUUUUAAAAUGUAUAUUAAUGCCUAGACUUGAACCCAAGUAUGCCAAAAUCAAGACGAAGUAAAUUAAUCAUUGAGGUCUCUCUUAGGCAGUGUCAUGCCAAAGAUAAAGUAGAAUGUUUCACUUGAAAAGAUACAAAAAGAAUAGUAACAAUCUUAAUUAGGAUAAACAUAGAUUCCCAACUCUAUGAACUUGAAAGUCAUUUGUUAAGUCUUGAAGGUAUGUUAUGUAGGGAAUAGGAGGUAGGGAAAACGUGAAUUGUUUGAACACAGAUCAUGAAUAAUUUCUUGUCAGAGAAUUUGAGUUCAGUCUUGGCUGUGCUAUUUUGUAACUUCAGCAGGUAACUAAUCUCUUCGGGCGUCACUUUUCUCAUUUGUAAAACUGAAGGGUUGGAUCACCUAUGUAUGUUUCUAUUUUGUAUGUGUUUUAUGUAUGUAAUAUUAGAAUAUAAGUUUUGUGGGAUCAGGGAAAAAUUCAUAUUUAUUUUUGUAUUCCAGUUCUGUCCACAGUGGGGCAGCUAGGUGGCUUGGUGAAUAGAAUACCAGCCUUGGAGUCAUAAAUGUUCAUCUUCCUGAGACCUACUCUGGCCUCAGAUUCUUGCCAGCAGUGUGACCUUUGGGAAGUCACUUAAUUGCGUUUGCCUUAGUUUCCUCAUCUGUAGAAUGACCUGGAGAAGGAAAUGCUAAACCACUCCAAGAUAUUUGCCAAGAAAACCCCAAAUGGAGUCACAAAGAAUCGGAUAGGAGUGACUGAAACUGACUGAACAACACCAAAACACUGCCCGCAAUGCCUGGAUCCUAAAUCUGUGGCAGGAGCCUUAGAGUCCAACCCACUCUUUUAUAGAAGAGGAAGCUGAGGUCCAAGAAGAUUAAAGGACUCAUCCAAGGUCGCACAGCUUUAAAAGAGAACAGCUCAGAGGUUGUUCAGCCUUUCCUAAUGGGAUGUGGAACCAAGGAACCAAAGAUCACUCAGCUGUGUCUAGCAGCCAUUCAGAGGCUUAUGUCACAUGAAGUUGUUUCUGAGACUGCAGCGGGGAACAUUAUUAAUAUGCUUUGGCAGCUGAUGGAAAAUAGCCUUGAAGAACUAAAGCUCCUUCAAACAGUUCUUGUUCUUCUAACAACCAAUACUGUAGUUCAUGAUGAAGCCCUCUCUAAGGCAAUUGUUCUUUGUUUUCGCUUGCACUUUACAAAAGAUAAUAUUACAAAUAAUACAGCUGCUGCUACUGUACGACAAGUUGUUACUGUCGUAUUUGAGAGGAUGGUUGCUGAGGAUGAACGACAUAAAGAUGUUGUGGAGCAGCCAGUGCUGGUUCAAGGAAAUAGCAAUAGGCGUUCUGUGAGUACCCUGAAGCCCUGUGCAAAAGAUGCAUACAUGCUCUUCCAGGAUCUUUGUCAGUUGGUUAAUGCUGAUGCUCCUUACUGGCUAGUAGGAAUGACAGAAAUGACUCGAACUUUUGGCCUUGAACUAUUAGAAUCAGUCUUGAAUGAUUUCCCACAAGUCUUUUUACAACACCAAGAAUUUAGUUUCCUUCUUAAAGAAAGGGUGUGUCCACUUGUGAUAAAGCUCUUCUCCCCAAAUAUCAAGUUCAGACAAGGUUCCUGUACUUCAUCUUCCCCUGCACCAGUUGAAAAACCAUAUUUUCCUAUUUGUAUGCGUCUGCUGAGAGUAGUUUCAGUUCUGAUUAAGCAGUUUUAUAGUCUUUUGGUAACCGAAUGUGAGAUAUUUCUUUCACUCCUAGUGAAGUUUCUGGAUGCAGAUAAGCCUCAGUGGCUACGAGCAGUUGCGGUAGAAUCAAUCCACAGGCUUUGUGUGCAGCCUCAGCUUUUAAGGUCCUUUUGUCAAUCUUAUGACAUGAAACAACAUUCUACUAAGGUUUUCCGAGACAUUGUGAAUGCAUUGGGAUCCUUCAUCCAGUCAUUGUUUCUUGUCCCAACGACGGGGAUUCCAUCUACUACAACAAAUCAAGCUGGAAAUAAUAAUUCUGGUGGCCCAACCUCAGCACCAGCAAAUUCAGGAAUGUUGGGAUUGGGUGGAGGUGUUACUGUGUUACCUGCUUUUGAAUAUAGAGGAACCUGGAUACCUAUUUUGACCAUCACAGUCCAGGGGAGUGCCAAAGCAACCUACCUUGAAAUGCUAGAUAAAGUGGAACCUCCAACUAUUCCUGAAGGGUAUGCCAUGUCUGUGGCAUUCCACUGUUUGCUAGACCUUGUCCGUGGCAUUACUACGAUGAUUGAAGGAGAAUUAGGACAGGUGGAAACAGAGAGUCAGACUACCACUGAGACAGCUUCCUCACCAGCACAAUCGUCAGAACAGCAAGAUUUUCAAUCAGUAUCUGAUCAAACGGAUAAGGAAACAGUUAGCAGAGCUGUGUGGGAAGAAAUGGUGAAUGCCUGUUGGUGUGGGCUUCUUGCUGCACUGUCACUUCUUCUUGAUGCCAGCACAGAUGAAGCUGCCACUGAAAAUAUUUUAAAAGCUGAGCUGACAAUGGCUGCUCUCUGUGGGAGACUAGGCCUUGUAACUUCAAGAGAUGCUUUUAUUACUGCCAUUUGCAAAGGCUCCUUGCCUCCACAUUAUGCUCUUACAGUAUUGAACACGACAACUGCAGCUACAUUUUCUAGCAAAUCAUAUUCCAUUCAGGGACAGAAUGUUCAGAUGAUCAGUCCAUCAAGUGAGUCUCAUCAGCAAGUUGUGGCAGUUGGUCAGCCUUUAGCAGUCCAGCCUCAAGGAACAGUAAUGCUGACAUCAAAAAAUAUCCAGUGUAUGAGGACUUUACUUAACUUGGCACACUGCCAUGGAGCUGUUCUUGGGACAUCAUGGCAACUUGUCUUGGCAACUUUGCAGCAUCUUGUGUGGAUUCUGGGGCUGAAACCUGGUAGUGGGGGUGCCUUAAAACCUGGAAGAGCUGUGGAAGGACCCAGUACAGUUCUGACUACAGCAGUUAUGACUGAUUUACCUGUCAUUUCCAACAUACUUUCAAGAUUAUUUGAAAGCUCACAGUAUCUUGAUGAUGUAUCAUUACAUCAUUUAAUAAAUGCCCUUUGCUCCUUAUCUCUAGAAGCAAUGGAUAUGGCCUAUGGAAAUAAUAAGGAACCAUCUCUUUUUGCAGUUGCAAAAUUGUUAGAAACAGGACUUGUUAACAUGCACAGAAUAGAAAUUUUGUGGAGACCUUUAACUGGCCAUCUUCUUGAGAAGGUUUGUCAGCAUCCAAAUUCCCGAAUGAGAGAAUGGGGAGCAGAAGCCUUAACUUCACUUAUUAAAGCAGGAUUAACAUUUAACCAUGAUCCUCCACUUUCACAAAAUCAGAGAUUACAGUUGCUUUUAUUGAACCCCUUGAAGGAGUUAUCCAACAUUAUCCACCCUGAUAUAAGACUCAAGCAAUUGGAAUGUGUAUUACAGAUUCUGCAAAGUCAGGGAGAUAGUCUUGGUCCUGGGUGGCCAUUAGUGCUUGGGGUUAUGGGAGCAAUCAGAAACGAUCAAGGAGAGUCUUUAAUAAGAACUGCAUUCCAGUGUCUUCAGUUGGUGGUGACAGAUUUUCUACCAACAAUGCCUUGUACCUGCCUACAGAUAGUUGUAGAUGUUGCAGGCAGCUUUGGACUUCAUAAUCAAGAGCUUAAUAUUAGCUUAACAUCAAUAGGAUUGCUGUGGAACAUUUCAGAUUAUUUUUUCCAAAGAGGUGAAACUAUUGAAAAAGAAUUGAACAGAGAAGAGGCAGCACAACAGAAGCAAGCAGAAGAGAAAGGAGUAGUUUUAAACCGUCCCUUUCACCCUGCACCUCCAUUUGAUUGUUUAUGGUUGUGUCUUUAUGCCAAACUUGGUGAACUCUGUGUGGAUCCACGGCCUGCUGUCAGAAAAAGUGCAGGACAGACUCUUUUUUCUACCAUUGGGGCACAUGGAACCUUGUUGCAGCAUUCAACUUGGCACACUGUUAUAUGGAAGGUUCUCUUUCAUCUACUCGACCGAGUUAGAGAAGCUUCUACCACAGCUGACAAAGAGAAGAUAGAGUCAGGUGGUGGCAACAUACUCAUUCAUCACUCAAGAGACACAGCAGAAAAACAGUGGGCUGAGACAUGGGUAUUAACAUUGGCUGGAGUUGCUAGAAUCUUCAAUACAAGAAGAUACUUACUGCAACCUCUAGGAGAUUUUCCUAAAGCUUGGGAUGUUCUUCUUGAUCAUAUACAAUCAGCUGCACUCAGCAAAAAUAAUGAAGUUUCAUUGGCUGCUUUGAAAAGUUUUCAAGAAAUUUUGCAGAUUGUUUCCCCUAUGAGAGACUCUGAUAAACCUGAGACACCACCAGCAGUUAAUGUACCCGUGCCUGUCCUUAUAGGGCCAAUGUCUACUCCUGGUUUAAGUAGACCAUUUAUAAGAACAGAUUCCAUUGGAGAAAGACUCGCACGAUACCCUGGGUCUGAACCAUCUAUAAUUACAGAUGAGAUUGAAGAUUUGAAUCUCUGGUGGGCUGCAUGGAAUACCUGGUAUAGAAUUGGAUCGGAAAGUACUAAGCCACCUCUUACUUGUGAUAAAUUAACUUUCAUUCCCAGCCAGCCUUUUCUUACAGCUUUAAUUCAAAUAUUCCCAGCUCUCUACCAACAUAUAAAAACUGGUUUCAGCAUGGAUGAUCUUCAAAAGUUGGGUAUCAUCUUACACAGUGCUGUCUCUGUCCCUAUCAGUUCAGAUGCCUCUCCUUUCAUCCUUCCAUCAUACACUGAAGCAGUUUUGACAAGUUUACAGGAAGCAGUGCUUACAGCUCUAGAUGUUCUACAAAAGGCUAUCUGUAUAGGUCCAGAAAACAUGCAAAUAAUGUAUCCAGCAAUAUUUGACCAGUUACUGGCAUUUGUAGAGUUUUCCUGUAAACCUCCACAGUAUGGACAACUGGAAACAAAGCACAUUGCAAAUGCAAAAUAUAAUCAGAUCCAACUAUUUGCACCGGCAGAAUGGGUAGCCUUGAAUUAUGUACCAUUUGCAGAGAGAUCUUUGGAAGUGGUGGUGGAUUUAUACCAAAAAACAGCUUGUCAUAAAGCUGUAGUGAAUGAGAAAGUACUUCAGAAUGUUAUAAAGACUCUUCGGAUACCUCUUAGUUUGAAGUAUGCUUGUCCUUCUGAAACCACAUGGAAGCUGGCAGUAUCUUCUUUGCUCAAAGUUUUGUCCAUUGGACUACCUGUUGCAAGACAACAUGCUUCUUCUGGGAAAUUUGACAGUAUGUGGCCAGAACUAGCCAGCACAUUUGAAGACUUUUUAUUCACUAAAAGUAUACCUCCAGAUAAUCUUUCUAUUCAAGAAUUUCAGAGAAAUGAAAGUAUUGAUGUUGAGGUGGUACAGCUCAUCAGCACAGAGAUUCUGCCUUAUGCUAAUUUUAUUCCCAAGGAUUUUGUUGGCCAGAUAAUGACUAUGCUUAAUAAGGGUUCCAUACAUUCUCAGUCAUCUUCAUUUACAGAAGCAGAAAUUGAUAUUCGAAUGAGGGAAGAAUUUUCUAAAAUGUGUUUUGAAACACUACUCCAAUUUUCCUUCAGUAACAAAGUGACAACACCUCAGGAAGGCUAUAUAUCACGAAUGGCCCUCUCAGUACUCUUGAAGAGAUCCCAGGACGUCCUACAUCGUUACAUAGAAGAUGAAAGACUCAGUGGCAAAUGUCCUCUUCCAAGGCAACAAGUGACAGAAAUCAUAUUUGUUUUAAAAGCAGUCAGUACCCUUAUUGAUUCACUUAAGAAAACUCAACCUGAAAAUGUUGAUGGCAAUACCUGGGCACAAGUAAUUGCUUUAUACCCAACUUUAGUAGAAUGCAUAACCUGCUCGUCUCCAGAAAUCUGCUCAGCACUUAAAGAGGCAUUAGUUCCCUUUAAGGACUUCAUGCAUCCACCAGCAUCCAAGGUACAAAAUGGAGAAUCUUGACCACAUAUUUGUUUUUGAAGGAAAAAAUAUAUCCCUCAAAAGAAAAAUGUUUGCUUCUGAAUGAGGACUCACUUUUGCUUCUGUGAGGACAUCUCUUGAAAAUAAUUCUUGGCAGCUGUUGUUGGCUUCCUUUUAAUUGUACUAACAAGAGCUUGAUGAUUUAUGUAUACUACAAGCUUAACACCUCAAAAAAGUUCCAGAAUGAGCAGCAGAGCAAGCCUUUAAUAAAUUAAACUGGAUAGAUGGAAUUAUAAAUCGAAUGUGCCUGCUACAGUAUAUAGAAGUGGUGACUGAAAAGUGGGCUUAUGUACAGUUUGUGGUGUAUGUGUUAAUGAUGUAAUUUUAAAGAAGUAUUUCAAUUCAGUCCUUUAUUAGGCUGGUGUUUUGCACCCUUUUUCAAGUACAAAUUGUACAAAAAUUUUAUGCAAGAUGGUACUGUAACAUUCCAUAUUGUCUGUAACCAGCCUUUGUAAACAAAGGGAGAUGAUAUACUUGUGUAUACAAUAAAUGGUACAGUUCUGUAUAAAAUAGUUGCAUUUAUUAUUUAAAUUUUUUAAAAUAUUAAUAAUGCUAAAUGCUUGAGAGGAUAUGUAUUAUGAAUACAAAACUGUAUGCUUAUGUUUUUACUUAUUUUACUUUAUUCAUUAGCAGAUUGCUUAUCACAUGAUCAUGCAAUUAGCUUUGUACUUAUUUUGAAUGUAUUUAUAAUACUGAUUAAACAUCAGACUAUAGAAAGGUCAUAUGAAGACAGUGACAAAUUGUCAGUGAUUUGCUGAUUUAAAGUUUGAAAUAAAUUAAUACAUUAAGAUAUUUGUAGCAUUAUGACUUCAUACCUCAUUUCUUGAAUAUCUCUUGCCAAUUUGCUUUAUUCAUUUUUGUAUUUUCCUUCUGGAUUUUAAAUACUAUUUCUACUGAUUCUUACCCUCACUAAAGGUAUUUGUCACUGUCUGAAUUAUGACCUGAGCAGGUUAAUUUAAAAUAGCCAAAAAUUUUGGCUAUACCGGAUUUUAUUUGUUUCGGUUUCUUCACUUUUUUUUUUUUUUUUUGGUACAUCUUUUCAAGGGAAAUUCCUGUGCUAAACUUUAAGUAGAAAAUGUGUGUGUAUUAUAAAACAAGGAGAAGUGUAUUUUUGGAGAUAGUCAUGCAUUUAGAAGUACAGUAAACUUUCUGUCAUGGAGUAAAAUGCUUUUUUGUUUCACUUUCCUAAAUCUAAGUAUUGGAGAAAGUACUAAGUACUUGUUUCUUUAAAAAAAAAAAAAAUUAUAUCCAAGGUGAAUAUACUUUUUAUUUCAUGGAGUAUGGUAAUACAGUAUUUUUAGUUAAAAUUUUCAUUGAUUGGAAAGGAUAAUGAUGUUUAAAGCAGUGAUUAUUUGUAAGGAAUACAAAUGGUAGUAGUGUAUUGAAAAAAAUCUUUAAUUUUAAUAGAUUUUAUACAUUUUUGACUCACCUGAUCAAAUCAUAAAACUGGUAGAAUGUAUCUAAGUUGUUAUGAAUUUCAUAGAAACUUGGGGUUAUUGUUAAUUGUGUAAUUCUAAAACUUUUCAUAUUGUCAGUAUCUAAGAACAUGAAGAGAGUAUAGGUAUAGGUAGAGAUGUUUCAAAAUGACCUUUUUUAAAGUAAUUAUUGAACUUUUAAAAUUUCAUCUUAAAUUUUAUGCAAUAUAUUAUGUUUAAGUUCUGUGAUGUCACAUUUUUCCUCAAAACUUAAAAGAAAGCUAUUUAAAUGCAAUUUUUGUACAUCAUUCUGUCUUCAGGUAUGGUUAGUUUAAAAGUAAGAGAUAAGUAUGUUGUGUUAAUGUAAAUUAAUAACUUACAAUUCAGCAACUUCCGGGGGGUGGUGGUGUAUAAAAUAUAGUCAGAAUAUCUGGUAUUUGAAUGUCAUCAGGCUGAAAGUAACUCAUUUUGAAAAAGUUUCAAAAUGAAUUGACUGGCAUAUAUACCAUUGUGAGCAUUUAGCUAAUGAAAGUUAAAGUGUGCAACCUGUGAAUUUUAUUUACAUGCUAGACUUAACUUUGUAGGAACAUGUUGCAUAAACUCAAUUGCUUACAUUGUAAAUUUUAAGGGUGCCUGAAAUGAUUGCUCCUUCUUCCAAGCACUCUUUUGAAAUGCAGAGAACAUCAGAAGGGAUUAAUACAUUAAGUUAUUAACACUUCAAUAUGAAUUCCUUCCUUACCUAAAGAAGACUGUUUUACUGUAACUGCCAAAAGAAAAAUGCCAAAAUCUUCCAUUUUAUAGCCCUGAUACUGAGUCUUCAUUUUUAAAAUGGGCUAGAUGAUCUCUUAACAAUCCAUGAAUUUAUGAUUAUGUUUUUAUAAGGAAAUAACACUAAAUGACCUUUGUAAUUCAUGUAUUAAGCACAAUUUGUGAACUUUUAAGUGGUCAUUUAUCAAUUUUCUCUUCAUGUUUUGUUUAGGGAUUUUUUUCUUUUUGACAUUUUAAUAUUUUUCAAGAAACAAUCUAAAGAGGAUAUAUAUCCAUCUUGUAGCUAGCUAGCAAAGUAUCAUACACCCUUUCUGAUACUGCUUACAAAAGGUGAAAAUAUCAUUUUUAUAGCUGAUUCUCCAUUUCCCUAUUUUUAUCUUUACUGCCAAAAAGGGAAGUAGGUUAUGGGGUAAAGUACCCUCAUUUAAUUCAGAUUCUUAAAGUUUCUAUUUGCUGUCCAAGAAAUAGAAAAAUUGUACAAAAGGCAUGAAAGAUAUCAUCAAAGAGGUAUGAUCUCACAAGAACCUGGUCACAUAGCAAGAACUAGGGCUAACAAAUCAACAGUUUGAGUGCUUCACAGAUACUCACAUAAUAUUAUGAAACCUAGGAGAAGGCUUCUAGUAUGUUUAGUGCACCCUUUGUAGAAGAUUAUGAUUGGGUAUGAACUAGAGCCUCUAAGAUAGCAAGGAAAGGAUGGGUUGUGAGCUACCACAAGAGGGAGUAUCUAAAUCAGUGGGGUCACAAAUCCACUGAAAUAUUUAUUGCUUAAAAUUACUGCUAGCUUAAAAAAGAUUGAUAGGAUAUGUAAGACCCUAACAACAAUAUUUAUUUUUAUACUUGUAAGCUGUUAAGUGUAGUGGAGAAUUAAAGAGAAAGUAAAAAGAUCAGUUCCCUGCCUUUGAGUUGCAUAGAAUUAAAUUAUAUAUUUGCAGACUGUCUUGCUGAAGGAUCAUCCCAGUCAUUCUGCCUGUCGUCCAUAAAUGGGCUGAGUAUAGGGGACUCACCUGUGAUUUCAUUGGCACAGGCAAUUCACAGGUAAGGAAACUUCCUUGACCAGUACAAGGCAACCACCUUCUCUGCAAAAUUUAAUCUUAGUUGCCUAGACCACUUAUGUGAGUGGUCACUUAUGCAAGAGUCACAUAAUCGUUAUGUCUCUGUCACAAGAGGCACUUGAACCCAGGUCUUCCACAACCACAUUGUAUUGAUCAUCACAAAGAUAAGCAGACAAGGAAUAUGGAUGUAAUAACAGAAAUUAAUCAUCAUGAUUUAAAAUCAACGCCCUGCCCCCAAAACAUAGUUCACACAUGUGUUUGUUGUCUUUUUUUUCCCCCCUUUUUUCAGGAGGCAGAGUGAGAGGCAGGAAUCAUCUUUAUUAUUAUAACCAAAAUCACUCAAAUAUGAUAGAACCAAAUGAGGGCUACACACCCUGCCCCCUGCACUUUCCUUGAGGAGCUCAUUGUCCCCAUUGGUGGUCAGGAUCUCUGUUGCAAUAGCAGCAACAAGCAUCUUUGGGAACCUGCCCACAUAGGUGCUACCAGUGGCAGUUGGAGCUCUGUCAUGAGAAUCAAGGAAAUGACCUGAAACUGAUGCACAAGCUAAAAACUGGUGGGAGGGCUGUGAAAUUUCUAGCAACAGUGGUUCUGAUAGAAGCAGCCACAACACUUUCCCCAACUACUAAUUUAUGUUUUGAAAGAUAUAUUUGUAAACAUAAAAUCAUGGUACUAUAUAUACAAAGAAGACUGAUGUACCAAGAUUAAAGUACAAUAUUGUUUAAUGAUUGUCUACUAUUAGAGUCACUUGUCAUUGUUUGUAAGAAAUAACAGUUAAUAUCACUAAGAAGUGUUUUUAUAGGGUGGAGCAAACAAAUGUAUUAAUAUAUCCAAAUGGCUCAAGUCAAAACAUUUCCUUAUGACAGGGAAAUAGUUAUGCUUUCAAUUUGAGAGUUAAGGGAUUUUAUAGACUAGGAAACUAAAGCAAAAUAGUAUAGCUGUACCUCUGUGAUAAAUGUGUUCAUGAAAAUUAACACAAAUAAUUUUUAAUAAUAAAAUCAUAUUUUAACUAUA